UUGUUAGUAUUUUAGGAGAAUUCAGAGCUAGUAAGUCUGCAGGAUAAACGACAUUUUAACUGUCUCGUUCAUUUUCACGAGUGUUCGGUAGGUUCGUGCAGGUAGUUAAACGAAAGAGUCAACACGACGUCAAGUCCGCAGGAAGGACGGUCUUUAGUCGCUAACGAAACCUUGCUUCGCGUCGACCCGGUGAGAAAGCUCUUCCUUGUUUGAAAAUAACUGUGCCAAAUCAAGUAUUAGGCAGAUGAGUAGCGGCACGGCAUAAUCGUAAAGUGAAUAACGAAAAUGGUGGCAGCGAUAAACGACGGUUUCGCGAGUGCUCCGGAAGUGAUAACAGUGCAGGAAAAUGAUUUUCGAAUGUCGGCUGUACUCGAGAGCGAAAAAAGGUUGGGUGAAGACGGGGAGAAAACCGGGUCCGAAGCUGAAAUUAAAGUUUACCAACGCCGUUGGCUUCAGCUGGGCCUGUUUUUCGUCUACGGUGCAUCAAACAACAUGCAUUGGAUACAGUUCACUAUCAUUGGAAAUUUAAUAUCUAAGUACUACGGCGUGUCACCAAUAGCCGUAGAUUGGACCUCGACGAUUUUUCACGUGAUGUACGUAGCCUUGAUGCUCCCAGCUUCCUAUGUGAUGGACCGAGUCGGUCUGCGAUGGGCCUGCCUGAUCGGUUCGCUAGGGAUCUCGAUCGGUUCAUGGAUAAAAUUUUUCUCCGCUUCGCCGGACCGUUUCGUGGUCGCCUUCGUCGGUCAAACCAUCGUCGCAUCCGCCCAGGUUUUCGUCUCGACCGGCCCGGUCAGAUUGUCGGCCCUUUGGUUUGGGACCAACCAAGUUGCAACUGCGACGUCGAUAGGCUGCUUUGGCCCCUUGAUGGGCAUCAGCACGCUCUUCCUGAUCGCACCGAUGAUCGUGAGGGACCACGAGAACAUAGAAGAUAUCGGGAACGACCUGACCCUGCUUUUCUUGGGAAUGGCAAUCCUCUCGACGAUCGUCACAGUUGCGUUAUUCUUCUUUUUUCAGGAUGAACCGCGUCUGCCGCCGAGUGAGGCAAGAGCCCUUCAGAAGGCCAACAGCGAAGCCGAGACUGGACAAUUCUGGGCAACGUUGAAAAGAAUUCUCAGCAACAAGAGUUUUCUCAUGCUUUGGAACUCGUACGGCAUUAGCGGCGGGGUUUUAGACAUGAUAUCCGCCCUGGUUAAUCCGUUUUUGUUUGGUCAUUUCGAGAACUGGGAAAAAGAUGCAGGUUGGCUCGGGCUGAUAAUGUGGUUCACAGGAAGUUUCGCCUCGAUAAUAUUUGGGAUAAUAUUGGACAAGACGAAAAAGUUCAAAGCACUCAACAUCUUCAUCUACGCUUUUACUCUCGUCGGUGAAAUCCUAUUCGCUGUUGGACUUUUGAUGGAAAUCAGAUGGCUGGUAUACGUCGCUAUUACAGUCUUGGGGGUAUUCGGCGUCACCUAUGGAAGCAUCGGGUUUGAACUGGCUGCCGAAAGCACUUAUCCGGAACCGGAGAAUGUGACAUCUGGACUGCUCAGAGUGGCGAACCAGUUAUACGGCGCGAUAAUGGUCGUUAUUGCCGGUGUUUUAUUGCGGACUUACGGAGACGUUGUAGCACAUGGUUGUGUUAUCAUUAUUGUUGGCGUAGGCUUAGUGCUGGUUCUAUUCGUUAAGACCGAUCUUAAACGGCUAAAUGCCAAGGAACACUGCCAUGCUAAGCGCAAUCACGUCACGGGGUCGAAAAUUGUCGAGCCCGAGACUGUCCAGACAAAAUUGUGAAGGGUGGAAGUGUGCUGGUUAAAUUUUCUGCCAGUUUUCUAUUUUUUGUA